CUGGCAAGUGUGGCACAGAGAAUCCCCCAAAUGAAAAACAAGAAAUUAUGUAUCCUUCUAACUCUUUCUUCCCUUAUUCACACCACUGCAUGCUGCAAUGCUAAGAGUGGGUUACAAACAAAACCAAACUCUUUCUAUAAUUAUAGCUUUGGAUUGUGAAACCUAAGUCCCACCACUAGGAUUUCAAAAUCUAUACAUCUGUGCUUUAACGCACUUUUUAUAGGAGCAUUUGAAAGUCCUUUUUAGAAAAGAAGAACUGCUUAAUUUUUUUAAAGUAACAAUGAUUUGUUCGCUCAAAGUCUGCUAAACAUAUGAAUAUUGUAUCCUUCUUCACACAGGAAGGGGUGUAUGCCUGCCCUGUAUUUGUUAUGUGCAAAACCGAUUUAUGCAGUGCAGCCGGUCUAAAAGACUAAGACAUCAGUGGCACUUCUUAGACAUUUGCAGGGUUUGAAUUCUUAAACUUUGGCAUAGGCAUACAGUUAUCUACCAUUUGAGCUACAAUAACUACCAGCAGGAGAAAGCUAUCAUCUGAGGGCACAACACAUGUGUAUGUGAACACCUGCAUCUAGAGAGUGGCUCAGGGGAUCCUGGACUGCAUCUUUGCCCACAUCCUCCCAAGAGGACAGAACAAGAUGGAUGAAGAAACUGACAUGACAACCUAUGAUUAUUAUACUGGCUCAGAACCAUGCCAAAAAGCUGAUGUCAAAAAAUUUGCAUCCCUGUUUCUGCCACCACUUUAUUCUUUGGUGCUGAUAUUUGGCCUGGUGGGAAAUGCGCUAGUUGUGCUGAUCCUGAUAAAAUACAAGAAGCUGAGAAGCAUGACUGACAUCUAUCUGCUGAAUCUGGCAAUUUCCGAUUUGCUUUUUAUUCUUUCCCUGCCAUUUUGGGCUUACUACGUAGCACAUGAAUGGGAUUUUGGAAAUGCAAUGUGUAAAAUUCUUUCAGGGGUCUAUUAUGCUGGCUUCUAUAGUGGAAUGUUUUUCAUAAUACUUUUGACAAUAGAUAGAUAUCUGGCCAUUGUCCAUGCAGUGUUUGCUUUAAAGGCUAGGACAGUUACCUAUGGCAUCCUCACAAGUGUUGUCACUUGGGUUGUUGCAAUAUUAGCCUCUCUUCCAGGGUUUAUAUUUCACAAAGCUCAGAGAGAGUCAUCUCACUUUACAUGUAGCCCUCAUUAUCCAUUGGGACAGGAAAGUAAAUGGAAGCAAUUCCAGACUUUAAAGAUGAACAUCCUGGGACUUGUCGUUCCACUGGUCAUUAUGAUCUUUUGCUAUGCCGAGAUUAUAAAAACAUUACUGAGAUGUAGGAAUGAGAAAAAACAUAAGGCAGUCAGGCUUAUUUUUAUCAUAAUGAUUGUUUAUUUUCUUUUCUGGGCACCAUAUAACAUCAUUAUUCUCAUAUACACGUUUCAAGAUUCAUUUUCCCUAAAUACCUGUGAGGGCAGCAGUCAGCUGGAGAUAGCAAUCCAAGUGACAGAAGCGAUUGCAAUGAUCCACUGUUGUAUCAACCCCGUGAUCUAUGCCUUCGCUGGUGAAAAGUUUAGGAAAUAUCUUUAUACCUUUUUCCGAAACCGCAUUGCAAUCCAUUUAUGUAAAUAUUGCCCAUUUCUCUAUGCUGAGGCACCUGACCGAGUUAGUUCCACAUACACCCCAUCUACGGGGGAGCAGGAAUUCUCAGCUGCAUUGUGAAGGGUGUCUAAGAAAAAAGUUACAUUCACUUUUGUGGAAACAGUUGUGCAAAGGACCAAAACGCUUUAAAUACUUGGCUUUAAAGAGGCCACUAAAGGGGUACCUACGCAAUAUAGAUGCACAUGAGUUUUCUCCAGAAAAAAACAGUAUUUGUUCAUACAAAUGGGUAUUUGUACAUUUAAAAAGGGGGUGUGCAUACCUAACUACUUACUUGGAUAUAUAAAUUUAGACUUUGGUAGAGACAUGUUCACCUCUUUUUUAGAAAAUACAAUAGAUAUACCAUAUUUUGGUCAACUUGACCCUGGAAAAGUUUAUGAUUUUGUUCUUUACACUAAGACUCUGGGAUCAUGAAUAAACUUCCAACGUACCACUUAAGAGAAAGUAUAAUUUAGAACAUGAAAUGAGGUCAGAAGUGGAGACGCAUCCUCUUAAACUACCUCUCACAUCUUAGUACGAGAUAUGACACUCAUUUGUAUUCAAAUGUAUUUCAUCCCACAUAAACCUGGUGCUAUGUCAGCAUUAAUUAUGUUAAAUUGACAUCUGUAAUACAAAAUCUUGAAAUUAAGAUCCUAGAAAACGCCGUACAUUUGGAAAAAGAAACUCCAGCAUUUCUAGUUGCUUCUGCUUUUUUGGGGGGUGGGGUUGUGUAUUGUCUUUUUUUACAUUAAAUUUUAAUUUGUUAACUAUAUGGUUCCGUUAAAUCGUACAUAAGUUAUUUACAAGAUAUGUAAACUAUACUUAAAAUAAUAAUUUUUAAUCAAUGGUUGUUUCAAGUAGAUGAUACUGUUUCAUGGUCAAGACAUUAAGAAAAUAUGCACUCCCCUCCCACCAAAAAAAAGUUUAUUAAUUAGUACAGAUUGAUCAGUAACUCAAUUCUUGUGCAAUAUUUGAGAGAGAGAGAGAGAGAGAGAUAAGACAUUAUAUAUAGGGUUUGAAUUGGGCUGGAUCAUACCAGAUAAGUAAUGUGGUUGUUUGGGGGUGAGGGAGGGUUGUUUGAACUGCGUUUUUUCUAAAUGGGGUUAACUCAAAUGCCAAUGCUAAUAAUUUAUGUGUCUACAUUAACCAUCUCACUGCUGAUCAAAGCACCUAAGAAAGCAAAAGAAGGAUCACAGCUCUAAGUAAUCUACUGUAUGUGGCAUCCCAUUUUGAUGCGGCAAGUAGAUGGUAUCUGGGAGAUAGCAUUUCCACCCAAUUCAAUCCCUGUCUAUAAGUGUUAAGCAUUUUUGUUGGUAUAGUAGUAGGACAUUAUCCAGCCAUGAUUUUGUACCUAACACUCCCAAAGUUUGUAAUGAAAAUUUUGAUUAAAUUGAUUGCAGAAUAUAAGCAGGCUAUUCCAUAAAAUUUAGGUCCAGCAAAGCACUUAAACAGAUACAUAACUUGAAGCAUGUGGGUACUCAUGUGCAUGAGAUCAUGCAUGUGCCUUAGUGUUUUGAUGGAUCAGGGACACCCUCUCUGGGGUUUCUUGCACUUCCUUUGAAAUAUCUGCUUUUGGCCACUGUCAGAGACAGGAUUCUGGACUAGAUGGACCACUCUUCUGAUCUAAUAUGGCAAUUCCUGUUUCCUUAUGUUUCUAUAAAACCCUUAGACCAGUGGUUCUCAAACUUUUGUAUCAGUGACCCCUUUCACAUAGCAAGCCUCUGAGUGUGACCCCCUAUAUAACAUAAAAACACUUUUUUAUAUAUUUAACACCAUUAUAAAUGCUGGAGACAAAGAAAGGUUUGGGAAGGAGGCUGACAGCUCGCAACUCCCCAUGUAAUAACCUCAUGACCCCCGAGGGGGUCCCCUGCCCAGUUUGAGCACCCCUGUCUUUGAGAACAAUACUUUGAUAGGAAAAUGGUACAGGAAAUGGCAUUGAAGAUGUUUCAAAUUAUCAGGUGCAUUUGAAAUCAAGAAAUGAAAUAAGGAAAUACUUGCUCAUCCAAUCCUUGCAAAUCUUUCAAAUUAUUCUCAGUUUCGGUACAUUAUUACAUUACUGUCAGGCUACAUCCACAAAGUAAGUAUGGGCAAACUGGAAUUAUUUUCUAAUUCAUUAGGUUUUGCUUUUUACUUUCUUUUCACACAUUAUGCAUGAGCCACCUUUUGGAAUUUGUGAUAUGAAUUUUUACUAGAUUGUAUCCUGAAAAAGUGAAUAGUAAUAAAUUAAUUUCAAUAGAAAAAGGAUCAUUUUCAUGUCAAUUGAUGAAGCUUUGGAAGGACAAAUUCUCUUUCAAGGAGGUACUUUCCUGCAUAUAGUAACCUGCUUUGAAGGGUUUGUUUUUUUUUAACAAAUAAAAAGCCCCUUUAUGAUUUAUUCACUUUUCAAGAAGAGCUGAGAACUUCCACUAAUGUCUUUAUGAAUCACGCACAUAUUGUGAGUGUGACGAAGUGUAUGUAGUCUGACUCUCCAGUCAGAAAAGGAUUAAUCAUCUCCAUGCAAAGGGAGAUAAAAGCCUUACCACUCUUGUCCAAGAUCUCAAUUGUGUAGGGAAGAGCACACAGCUGAAGCUCAAUAAGGGAGAUUUAAAAGGGGCCCUUGUGUCUAGGAGGAAUUUCACUUACAGCAUGGAUCUUUUCUGGAGAAGAGUUACUUAGAGGGCCUAGUGAGCUGUAGCAAAGGACAGCAUUUGGACUUAUGGAAACAAGUAACCUGAUGGGACUACAGCCUCUUCUUAAAGGACCUGUUACUUCAGUGGAACUGGAGCUUGUUUUGGAAACCUGGGACCAGCCAGGUCCCAUUUACCCAUGGGAUACGUAUAGUGAGCCAUAUUAAAUGGAGAACAGCAGAGAUGCAGAAAUGGUGGAGUCUCUGCUACUGGAUGGCACUCUUGGUAUAUAUAACUAAAGGAUCCAGAAACAAAAUAACUCAUACUAUCACACAGUAUGUUUGUGUUUGCAAUUCAUUAAAGU